GCUCCCACAAAGAGCGAGUCGCUUUUAAAUGACGCAGCGUAAGUGAGCGCGUGAGAUGAAAACACCACUGCAAAGAGGAUCUUCACAUUAAAUGGCCACCGAUUUGGCCGAUAAACCUGCUGUGCAGGAGAGCAGCCAUAAAUGUGCAAACAGCGAAAAUGAAUCUGCAAAGGAUGAAAAUGAGACUGUACAGACUGGAGAAACUGAAACACUGUCUAAAAGACAAAAGAAGAGACUUCUCAAGAAUCAACAGUGGGAAGAACAGAGAGAACUUCGCAAGCAGAAACGUAAAGAGAGAAAACAACAAAGGAAACUGGAGAGACAAGUGCAGGCUGAAGAUGGAGUGGAGUGGACAGGAAGGAAGCGUUUGCGCAGGUCGGCAGAGCCCAGCUCUCUCAGGCUGGUCAUAGACUGCAGCUUUGAUAACCUCAUGUUGCUCAAGGAUGUAAAGAAACUUCACAAGCAGAUUCAGAGGUGCUAUGCUGAAAACAGACGCACACUACAUCCUGUACAGUUUUACCUCACAAGUCAUGGCGGUCAGUUAAAGCAAGUCAUGGACGAAAUUAACAAAGGCUGGGUCAACUGGAAGGAUGUCCAUUUCAGGCCUGAUGCAUUUCAUGAAAUCCUGAAGAAGGAGGACCUGGUCUACCUCACCUCGGAUUCACCCCAUGUGCUGCAAGAACUGGAUGAGGCCAAAGCCUAUGUGAUUGGAGGUCUGGUGGACCACAACCACCAUAAGGGAAUCACAUUUGAUCGAGCCCAAGAGCUGGGCAUUGCUCAUGCUCAGCUUCCGCUGGGCAGUUUUGUCAAGAUGAAUAGCCGCAAGGUGCUGGCUGUCAAUCACGUUUUUGAAAUCAUUCUAGCAUUUCUGGAGAAACGAGACUGGCAGGAUGCUUUCUUUACCGUCCUGCCACAGAGGAAGGGAGCUCUGCCAGUGGGCCAAGAGAACAAGCUCGGAGAGGGCAAUGACGAGGAAGACUCUGGUGAAGACUCAGACACAGAACACCCAAUCUCAGAAAAGAGUACAGACUCUAAGGACCAUUUAGAAAGCAAAGAGGAAGAACACAAACCAGAUGUUUAAUAUUUAAGCUGUUUCAUCUUUUAGGCAUUUUUUUUAAUUGGUUGUUUUCUGAUUUCCCAGUUUGAAAUGAUUCAUGCAGAGGUUUGUAUUUGAAGGUGUUUUUGUUGAAACAAAUGUGAUGAAAAAAUAAAAAAAGAGAAAUUACCCCUUUUUAGCUUUUUCCAUGUACUGUACAAGCAUAAGCAACAAACAAUUUUCUGUAGAUCUUAUA